GGAGGAUAGAGAUGAGGCGUACAAGCCCCGACCCAAUUAGAAUCCUUCAUACAUCAACAUGUAAGUGACAUAGCUAGUGAUAAUAAUACACACCAGACGCCAUAGGUGAAGGGACAUAUAAAAUCCGUGUAAGUGGAAAUUACUGACAUGACAUAGCCCCUUGAGAGGGUAAGACAAAAUGGAUUAUAAAAUAGCGCCUUGGGAUGUGAUGUAUUUCUCAUCUAGUUGACUCCUCAAGAUCAAAGCAUUAUAACAUUUUACCAACAAGAAACAGCCUCAACAAGCCCUCAAGUCGCCAUGUCCGCCUUUUCAGCGCUAUACGGAGUUGGCUCCGUCAUUUUUUCAAGGGUUUUCGUGAAGCUUCCAGUUCCAAGUGGAAAUUCCGAGCUUUCUAAUCAAAUUAUUAUUGUGACCGGCGCUAAUACCGGCCUCGGAUUCGAAGCCUGCCUUCAUCUAUCACGACUUGGGGUUGGGAAAUUAAUCAUGGCCGUACGAACUGUAGCCAAAGGCGCCGAUGCGAGGGAAAAAAUACUCAAUUCCACAGGUCGAUCCGAGUCCUCUAUCGAAGUAUGGCCCGUCGAUAUGGAUAGCUAUGAUUCGAUCAAGUCUUUCGCGAACCGCGCCUCUCAGCUUCCCCGUCUUGAUGGCGUGUUAGCUAAUGCCGGUGUUAUGACCGCUAACUUCAGCUUGAGCGAACACAACGAAAAGAGCCUCAAUGUUAACGUCAUCAGCACCUUUUUUCUGUACUUGCUCCUCCUGCCAAAAAUGCGCGAAUCUGGGCAGAAUACAGGGCACGUCUGUCGUUAUUCGAUCCCAAACAGUGCGCUGCACUACGCUGCUCCGCUCGCUGAGCUUGACCCUGAUAGCCCCGGCAUUAUCGACCGGCUGAAUGACCCCCAGAAAGCUAAUAUGGCUGGACGAUACCACCUGAGCAAGUUACUCGUUCUCUACGCCGUGCGCGAGUUUGCCGAAAGAACCAGUUCUUCUGGAAAGGGGGCGUGUAUCAUUAAUACGCCAAACCCGAGCUUCUGCAAGUCUAACCUAGCAAACGAAUCCCAAGGAAGCCGUGGUUUUAAGAUAUUCGAGAAGCUCUUAGCUCGAUCUACCGAAGAAGGUAGCCGUGUUCUAGUUCAUGGCUUGCUGGCUGGUCAAGAGACCAACGGUCAGUAUCUGUCAAACUGUCAUGUCGAAAUCCCUGCGUACCACGUCACUGGGAAAUGGGGUCAAAAGGUUCAAAAGAAGUUUUUCGGUGAACUUAUGGAUAAACUAGAAGACAUCCAACCUGGUAUCUCAUCAAAUAUUUAAUGGCCAGCAUACACGGCUUUAACUAGGGGUUAUUGUAUAGUAUACGAAUGCGAGGUUACAUAUCCUAGUAAGAAUAGGAUAUAUGUAUAUUGCCGUACUAUUUGAUAAAUUUUCUUUUCAAAAUAAGCGACAACUUAUAUUUUCUAUAGUUAUACAUACUUAAUAGGGG